GCUCGUAGCAUUGGCCUGCGCGUAUUAUUAGUGAAAAAUCCCGAUUGCUACCCAGGCUUAUUGUACAAGAUAGUCAGAGAGUUGGGUUUUACCGAACUCCCGUCGACGAGAAUUGAUCGUGGGGAAGAGCAUGCGUUUCUUGUGAGAAUAGAACGUCAACAGUGGAGCUAUCUAUCCUCUUCGAAACACCAAUCGUCCAGUGAAGUCGAUAAGACCUCGAAUUUGUGUAGUGAGCAUUCCCUCUCAUCUCCUCGGAUCGAUAUGGGUGAUCAAGGCGAUCUUCCUCGAGCCUUUCGUUUUGCUGUGUCCCACAUUCAGCCCGGGGCGAACCCAGCAGCUCCCAUGAGUGACCAGGACCGUGAGUGGUUGAAGGAAGUCAUCGGCCAGAUGGCAUCGUCCUCGACCGAUGGAGUGAAAGAUCCUGAUGACCGACCGAUCUACAGGAGUAUUGCGGAUGUCCUCAGGAGCUUCGCCGUUCUCAUUGAAAAGGGUAACACCGCGCACUUGAAGGAAGCUGUCGCGAGCGAGCUGCAGCACAUAGCAGAAGAAGCGGAGCUAUUGGACAGAGCUGACGACAAUGAGCGGAAGAACUCCGUGGGGUCAAUCAAAACCAUUUUCUCAAUGGCAACCAAGGAAGCGAUGGCUCCGUUGUGCUCGAUUCUUGCAGAGCUCGCUCAGAACUCUCCAGGAUGUCAAUCGGAGGCGAUGUGCUUGAUACCCAGACUGACUGAGAUCGUGAAGAGCCAUGAAUACUCAGCUCAAGCGAAAUCUAAAGCUGUUUACGCUCUAUCCGCAAUCAUACGAGGGAAUCCGAGUCCUGAUGUUCCGGAUCAUUUGUUUGCAACCCAGGACAGAGAGGAAGGCCUUGUGGACGUCUUAACCAAGUUGGUGUGUGAGAGCGAUGAAUCUGUCCAAGUUCGAACCAAGGCUGCUUUCCUUUUGAACUGUCUCGUUUCUGACCAUGACGUACGGAGUUAUCUCUUCGAAAAGAAAGAGAAAGACUUCCAAGGCCUCCAUGAGAAGAAUGAAAGCAUAAAGGAACUGGUCGACGCCAUUUUACAAAGCAUCCAGACGACGAAACUCGCCGAGGAUGAGCCACUCCUAGCCCUGAAAAUGUGAUUAAUCCUUGAGACCCGUGUACACCUCUCUGCUCCAUCCCAAGGAAUAUCCCUCGUGAGGGCCCCUCCGAUAAUCAUGAACUUGCGAAUACCAGUAGAAUCGAUUCUGCACUGUCUAUGUGAAGAAUAAAAAUGUCAUUUUGCUGUACAUCGGAU